AUGUUGUUUUUUAGAGUACUGCGUGAUUUCUCUCAGUACCCACUGAAUGGUCUGAAUGGUGAAAAUUUCAGAAAUUACAACUGGACGCUUGUCCUAGCACCCUGGAGUCAGACUCUUCAUUGGAGACGACAAAAUUCUUCCCUUUAUCAUGCACAGCCUUGGUCAACGUUUUUCAAUGUUGAGUCUCUCAACUUAUUUAUUCCAGUCAUUGAAUAUGACGAGUUUUUGCAACAGGGUGCGGUUUCACUAGAUAAUAUCGCAGCAAGGAGUGCUAAGAAACUAUUAUUGGACGCGGCUUUCGUAGUAAAACAAUUCGAUCUCGCACAAACCCAAAAUAAAGUUCGGUUGGAAGCUCCGAAAGUAGUGUCCGAUGCCAAUGGGUAUGCACACUUCAUGUGUGAAGACGACCAGAUUAUCUCCAACAUCAUACGGACACCGGACAACGUGACGUAUGUGUACAUUGACACAGAAACCAAUGAAUCUCCCCUAGUAGCGAACGUUUUGCAAUGCCUUCAUGGGGUCCUUCAUGCUGUUGAAUUGGCGAGUGUCCUUUCCCGUUACAUCGAAGAGCAUCCCGAACUCACGUUCAUUUACAUUGGAGAAGCGGAGAAUUUGAUUAGUGGUGUGUGGAGUGAAUGGAGUCAACAGUACUGGACAGCCCGUCGCAGCAUGGAGUUUGCUCGACGUCUCACCAUCCUCGGCGACUCAUUUCGACGAGCUGUGCUAAAUUCGGAGGAUGAUGAGGAUAGAACCGUUGCUCCAUCCUCCUGGCUUUACCAGCCUUGGCCUCGCAGCCCUGCGCGUGGUGGGCCCUACUUGGGACUGCACUGGCGGCGUGGCGACUUCCCCCAUUCUCCCUCCCCCUUGACAGUGGCCACGCAGACUCUGCAGGCUAUUCAACUUCGCGCCGAGGAGGUGCGUCUGCCCAAUGGCCAGAUUUUGCCUAUCUUCCUCGCUACUGAUGCUGACCCCGAGGAUAUCACUCAGUUGGAACAACUGCUAAGUCCCCACAAGGUGUAUCGCUUCACUCCCGAGGUGUCAAAAGGUGGCAGUCUUCUGCCAGGCGAGUUAGCAAUUAUUGACCAGUGGAUUUGUGCUCAUGCCCGGCUUUUUGUCGGUUCGGUUCCGUCCACUUUCACCUUCCGAAUAGCCGAGGAGCGCGAAAUCAUGAAUUUUCCCGCGGCCCUCACCUUCAAUAGUCUCUGUCCGAUUGAAGGUGCCGAUGUAGUGAUGCUGGAGAAUCGAGGAAUGUCCUCGGAAUGUGAAGGCCUCACGCCCUGGUCAAUUGUCCUCGAGCCUCGCUACACCAUUAACACCUCGAUGACCCUUGUCAAGACUGAACUCUGA